UCUGAAUGUUGGCAACAAUUUGUCUCAACAGCCCAGUUGUUUUGAGGAUACAAGCAGACAGACAUUGUCAUUAUUUGUUUACAUAUUUUGCGAUGUGCGUGCUUUGAGAAUGAAAAAUGAAUUUUGAAGGGAAAACUGGUGAAUUUAUUUCUCCUCAGCAAGUUCUGGGGAACAUUGAAGACAGUUUACUAGGGGAUGCAGACGAAGGUGUAAAUGUACUCCUCAUCAAUGAAGUUAAAAAGUAUCCCAUUCUAUAUGAUUUCAAUAAUGAAAAGUACUCUGACAAAGAAAUUCGAGCAAGAAUUUGGACUCGCAUUAGCGCAGAUCUUGGAAUGAGCACUAAAUCAGCUAAACACCAGUGGAAGCGCUUGCGAGACUCCCUGCGUGAUGCUCUGAAACGCCAAGAAGGCAAAAUGGGAGUCUCUUGCAGAAAAACUUGGCGAUAUUACAAGAAGAUGGAAUUUGUUAUUCCCUUUAUGACAAACAGAGAACCUGGUGCAAUUUCAAAUUCGAAACGACGUAGGAACAGGAAGCAUGCUUCGAGCCAUGGCCACCCUCAUCAAGAUGCUGCAAUAAGCAUGAUUUCUUCAGCACUGAAUGCAGCUUCGGAAGGAUCAAGUUACUAUAACAGUAGUAAUUCUAGUGGCCCCAGCGGUAGUCGCUUGUACAAGGCUGAAGGAGUUGAGAUGUCUCUUCUUGAAGAGCUUGCCCACAAACCUUUGGACGAGGAUUUAUAUUUCUGUCUUUCUAUGGCAGCUAGUAUGAAACGUCUAAGUGAGCAACGUCGUGCUAGACUAAAGUGUGAUAUGAUGAGUAUGCUAUACACAGCACAAUGUGAAGAAGCCUUCCCUUAAAAACUGUAGGAGACACCCCAUGGAAUCAUUACUACUGGGUAGGAUCAUUUAAUGCUUUGGUGUAGUGAAUAUUUUUUAAAGAUGUUUUUAGAACACAUUCUUUUGUAAAUGUUCAUUAGUCAAACAAUCUUCUGUUUCUGAUUAAUUUUUUUAAUGCAACCCAGGUGUCCUUAACUCCAAAGUUUGUAAAGCAAAGCAUCAUGGUUUACCAGAACUCUUCUUUAAAAAAAAAAAAAUAGUUGAAAACAUUUCCAUACCACAGUAUUGUUUUGUUAAAGUACAGUUAAAUCUUGAACAACCUCCUCUGCCCAGUCAGUACAACAAGCAGAGGGGAGGUUGAGGAGUUACUCUUCCCAUACGUUUUAAUGUUUUCUGUUUUAUGUUGUUCUUUUUCACUUUUGAGGCAGAGUGCCUUUGUGCUGCUUAGGAUCUGUUCCAUUUUAUCGUAAGAAACCCACAAAACAGCUUCCAUGAAGCAGAUUUUCCUCACUUUCAGUUGUAGUUAUACUUUUAAGUCAUUGAGCUUUGUAUAUAUGACUUUCAUUGGUGCAAGACACAACUAGGUAUCCUCCCUCUUUUCUUCUUCAUUACUUUUAGUGUUAUUUUUUAAAUAUUUAUAAUGUACAUAUGGUUAUGUAAUAUUAGUGUUUGAGGCACAUUGUGUUAUUAUUUAAA